CCUUCACCCGCCGGCCGCUCCGCGCCCCAGGAGAGCGGCGAGCGCGGGUCCGCGGCGGCGGCGGCGGCGCGGCGUGGCGCGACUCAGGAGUCGGAGAGGGCGGCCGCGGGCGCCGCCGCCUCCUCCUCCAUGACUGUUUACCCGGCUGCAUUGUGGGAGUUUGACCUCCGCCGCCAACCGCCGCCUCAGCUCGCGCCGCCGCCGCCGCCGCGCACGCCAUGGGAGCCGUGACUGACGGCAGGCCACCCUACAAGAGUGGCAGUCAGAGGACACUUGCUGAAGUCACUUCUUUACUUCCAUCAGAUGAGUCCUGGGAAUUAAACUGGUUGUUGGUCUUUCAACUGGUGAUUAGAAAACUUGACAAAUUUGCCUUCCCCUCCUUUGAAGGACUCCAUACAACAUUUGAGAAAGAAUUAUUGCAAGUUUGAGAUAAGCAAUCACAAACGAAGUCAUACGGAAGCGUCUUCUGAUUGAUGGAGAUGGUGCUGGGGAUGAUCGGAGAAUUAAUCUCCUCGUGAAAAGCUUCAUUAAAUGGUGCAACUCUGGAUCCCAAGAAGAAGGAUAUAGCCAGUACCAACGCAUGCUGAGCACUCUGUCCCAGUGUGAAUUUUCAAUGGGCAAAACAUUGCUGGUAUAUGAUAUGAAUCUCAGAGAAAUGGAAAAUUAUGAAAAAAUAUACAAAGAAAUAGAAUGUAGUAUUGCUGGAGCACAUGAAAAAAUUGCUGAGUGUAAAAAGCAGAUUCUUCAAGCAAAACGAAUUCGAAAAAAUCGACAAGAAUAUGACGCUUUGGCCAAAGUGAUUCAGCAUCACCCAGACAGGCAUGAGACACUGAAGGAGCUAGAGGCUCUGGGCAAAGAAUUAGAGCAUCUCUCACAUAUUAAAGAAAGUGUUGAAGAUAAGCUGGAAUUGAGACGGAAACAAUUUCACGUUCUUCUUAGUACCAUCCAUGAACUUCAGCAGACGUUGGAGAAUGACGACAAGCUGUCAGAGGUGGAUGAAGCUCAAGAGAGCACCAUGGAAGCAGACCCCAAACCAUAGAUGGGCUGACCGUCACCAUUUACAAGGACAAUAAAAAGCUGCAUGGGCAUCCUGGGUUCCCUGUGUUGUGCUUUUGGGAUAUUUCAACUUCAGCACUGAAAUACUUUGCUUUCAAAUGUUAAUUCAUGUGUCGUUCGUAUUUCUUCACAUAUAGGAAAUGUAUCCCAUAUAUAUGUAUUUUUUAAAUGCAUUUUUAUCCUUAAACAUAGAAAUCAGCAUCUGAAAAUAUUUAAUAAAAUGUCUCAAGGUG